AGAAUGAGACAUAGGAUCUGCAUGGCAUCUGAUUUCUUCUACCCGAACAUGGGAGGAGUAGAGGAACACAUUUACAACCUGUCACAGUGUCUCAUUGCUCGCGGGCACAAAGUGAUUGUUCUAACCCACUCUUACGGUAAUCGUAAAGGUGUCAGAUACAUGACAAAUGGACUCAAGGUUUUCUACCUCCCAGUGCGCGUCUUCUAUAACCAGUGUGUGCUGCCGACGAUGGUCGCCUCGCUGCCUCUUAUACGCUACAUCCUGCUGCGCGAGAGAAUUUCUGUCGUGCACGGCCACUCUGCAUUCUCGACGCUCGCUCACGAGGCCAUGAUCAUUGGCAGGCUGCUCGGCAUAAAGUCGGUGUUCACAGACCACUCACUGUUUGGCUUUGCCGAUACGUCUGCUGUUAUCACCAACAAGUUCCUGGAGUUGUCGCUGGCAGCCUGUGAUCACUGCAUAUGUGUCUCCCACACUGGGAAGGAGAACACCGUUCUGCGAGCCAAGGUGCAACACAACCGUGUUUCGGUGAUCCCCAAUGCUGUCGACAUGACAGUUUUUGUGCCAAAGCCAAAGUCGGAGAACAACAGUGCAGAUAGGAUAACAAUUGUCAUUGUGAGCCGACUGGUGUACCGAAAAGGAGUGGACCUCAUGGCGCAGAUUGUCCCAGAAAUCUGUUCCAGGCACUCUGAUGUGGACUUCCUGGUGGUAGGCGACGGGCCAAAGCGGUGGCUGGUGGAGGAGACGCGGGAGCGGCACUCGCUGCAGGAGCGUGUGACGCUGGUGGGCAGCCUGCCCCACGACCGCGUGCGCGACGCGCUGGUGGAGGGCCAGCUCUUCCUAAACACGAGCCUCACCGAAGCCUACUGCAUGGCCAUCGUGGAGGCUGCCGCCUGCGGGUUGCUGGUUGUCAGCACCAGAGUGGGAGGAAUACCAGAGGUACUCCCACCUGAUCUGAUCUACCUCACAGAACCCACUGUGCCAGCUCUCCUGGAAGGCCUGGAGGCAGCUCUGUCGGACCUGAGGAGCGGUCGGGGCCCGGACCCCUGGAAGCGGCACGCUCGCGUGUCUGCCCUGUACAGCUGGCCCGACGUGACGCGGCGCACCGAGAAGGUGUACCGCACAGUGGCCAGUUCCCCUACGCACACAUUGGGGCACCAGAUGAGAAGUUACGCUGCCAGCGGCGUGUGGCCCUUCCUGCUGGUGAUCUCGCUGUGCCACCUUGUCCUGCAGCUGCUCGACUGGCUGGUGCCACGACAGUACAUAGACACUGCUCGAGACUACACCAACCCCGGAAGAGGAAACUGCGCAGCUGGUGACCAGUGGCAAUGGAAGCCGCAGGUGCGCAAGAAGAAGCCCGCGUGAUAUGCCGGCUGCGUCCUGUCGUCGCCGAAGGUGAACGGCCUGUCGAGGCUGAAGGUAUUUUCGGUGAUAUGUGGCAGCAGACCGUACACACGAGAAGAGGGGGGGAAGGUCCUGUGAUGAGUCGACAGCUUGUACUUUCUGCCUUCAACAGUUCUGCCUGGUGCAUAACGGUGGAUAUGCAAUUUGGAUCCACUAGUUGCAAAUGUGCAAAAAGCUAUUAGCUUGUGGACAGCUGCAUAGUGUUUUGAUGUAAUGUAAUUUUAAUGUUGUGAUACAUUCCUAGUCACAAGAGCUCAACUAUUUUGGCAUGCCUUUUUUGUUCAGACAUGCAUCAAAAGUACAAAAAUAAUUUAGUUACAUAUAUCUUCUCUCUCUCUCUCUCUCUCUCUCUCUCUCUCUCUCUCUCUCUCUCUCUCUCUCUCUCUCUCUCUCUCAUAUAAAUUU